CCGGCUCCUUAUCAGGCGCGGCCAGGCAGCCCGGCCCUUAUCUGCCCUGGGCCAGCAUCCUCCGGUCGCUGCGCCGCCAGGGGCCCACGAGGAGGCGCGGCCCAGCGCCGGGGCCUGGAGCAUUGAGGCUGGACCCGAGCGAGACAGCAGAGCCUGGCCUGACGCUGGAAACCACACCCUGGCCCAGACUGCCAACCCUGACCGGACAGAGCCAGGGCACUCACCAGGCUGCAGGAACAGUGCUGGGGUGAGUACCCCCACGUCGGGGUCCAUGUGCCCGCCUCAGGCACAGGCAGAGGUGGGCCCCACCAUGACUGAGAAGGCAGAGAUGGUGUGUGCCCCCAGCCCAGCACCUGCCCCACCCCCUAAGCCUGCCUCACCUGGGCCCCCGCAGGUGGAGGAGGUGGGCCACCGAGGAGGCUCCUCGCCCCCCAGGCUGCCACCUGGUGUACCAGUGAUCAGCCUGGGCCACAGCAGGCCCCCAGGGGCAGCCAUGCCCACCACAGAGCUGGGCACCCUGCGGCCCCCACUGCUGCAACUCUCCACCCUGAGAACUGCCCCACCCACUUUGGCCCUGCACUACCACCCUCACCCCUUCCUCAACAGUGUCUACAUUGGGCCAGCAGGACCUUUUAGCGUCUUCCCUAGCAGCCGGCUGAAGCGGAGACCAAGCCACUGUGAGCUGGACCUGGCUGAGGGGCACCAGCCCCAGAAGGUGGCCCGGCGCGUGUUCACCAACAGCCGGGAGCGCUGGCGGCAGCAGAACGUUAACGGCGCCUUCGCCGAGCUGAGGAAGCUGCUGCCUACGCACCCGCCCGACCGGAAGCUGAGCAAGAACGAGGUGCUCCGCCUAGCCAUGAAGUACAUUGGCUUCCUGGUGCGGCUGCUGCGCGACCAAGCGGCAGCUCUGGCCGCAGGCCCCACCCCGCCCGGGCCCCGCAAACGGCCGGUGCACCGGGUCCCAGACGACGACGCCCGCCGGGGAUCCGGACGCAGGGCCGAAGUGGCAGCGCGCUCGCAGCCCGCGCCCCCGGCCGACCCCGACGGCAGCCCCGGUGCGGCGGCCCGGCCAAUAAAGAUGGAGCAAACCGCUUUGAGCCCAGAGGUGCGGUGACCGCACGCGCCAGCAUUUCUGAGCCGGAGGGCACCAGGGACUCGGCCCAGGGCCGUCGAGGAAAGGGCAGUGGACGUGCUGCGCGUGUUCGGGUGCGAACACCCCCGAAGAAGGACCAGUGACGACGUCAGGGGCAAGGUCUCGGGGGUCCGGAAGGGUGAUCAUCGUCCCCCAAGGGACCCGCAGACUCUUAAAAAAAAUCACCCACCGCCCUGUGGAAGUGGCCUUGCCUGGUUCCCCUUCGCAGGGGCGCGGUUGGCAAACUAACAUGGCAGAGCAGUCACAGGA